UUAUGAAAUUGCAGAGGCGGCGGAGGGAAGGAGACGGGCUCUAGCCGGGACCCGGGCGGCGGAGAGGGAAGGACGCUGGCUGGCCCGGGGGCUGGCACCGAGAACCCAAUUGCGCACUGGGUUGUGAUGAGAAACCUAAUCAGAUCUUUGGAGAGGGGCCCGGCCUGGAGGCUGGCGACCGGGGGGAGCUGAUCCCCAGGUUCUUCGGAGGGGGAGCUGGGAAGAGCAAUCCACCAUGUAACCGGAGACUUUUUAAAAAAAAUAUAUUUUUUAUUUAUUUUUUUUUAAUUUUUAUUAUUAUUAUUAUUUUUUUAACCCCCCUUUUGGUGGCGGUGGCGCUUGGGUGCCUUGCAAACAUGAAGGAUGCGGGACGCAGCUCUCUGUUGGACCCGAACGCAGUGGAUGGACUGAUUGUGCAAGAGAAGCGGAAGAAGGGAGCUUUUCCUUGCAAGACCUGGAUCCUAACACAAACGUGUGUGUGCGCGCACAGGGAGCCUCGGGGAAUGCAAUAAGCCAGUGUCAGACCCACGGGGCUUGGUGUGCUCUGACAUACAUAAAUCAUAAUAAAACAGCCGUGCCUCCCCCACCCUCCCCCUUUUCCCCAAAAGGAUGAUUGGAAAUGGAGAACGGAGGAUCCACAAAGGAAAAAGUAUGUUCGCUGUUCUCUAUCAAGGAGAAAGUAAGCCAAGGAGAUUAUUUUCGGAAUUCAAAGUUUGGGGCUUUUUUCUUUCUUUUCUUUUUUUUUUUUUUUUUUUUUUUUUUUUUUUUAGGAAAGUGAAGACCUGCUAUGGUGGCGGUGUUUUCUUUCCUUUUUUGAAUUUCCCACAAGAGGAGAGGGGAUUAAUAAUACAUCUGCAAAGAAAUCUCGGAGAAGAAAAGUUGACCGCGGCAGAAUGAGGCAUUGAUUGGGGGGGGUGGGGGGGAGAGAACCCAGCAGAGAGCACAGUUGGAUUUGUGCCUGUGUUGACUAAAAUUGAUGGAUAAUUGCAGUUGGAUUUUUCUUCAUCAACCUCCCCCCCACCUUUUUUUUUUUUUUUUUUUUUUCUUUUUGGUGUCAAGAUCAUGCGUUUUCGCUUGUUCUUAACCACCUGGAUUUCCAUCUGGAUGUUGCUGUGAUCUGUCUGAAAUACACUGAGAAACAGCCUUCGUGUUCCCAGCUUGACACCAGAGAUGACUCUCCUUGGGAUUCACUUCUCUUACUAUUUGAACUCCAGAAGGACCAACACCAGAUAAAUUAUGAAUGUUGAACAAGAUGACCUUACAUCCACAGCAGAUAAUGAUAGGUCCUAGGUUUAACAGGGCCCUAUUCGACCCCCUGCUUGUGGUGCUGCUGGCUCUUCAACUUCUUGUGGUGGCUGGUCUGGUGCGGGCUCAAACCUGCCCUUCUGUCUGCUCCUGCAGCAACCAGUUCAGCAAGGUGAUUUGCGUCCGGAAAAACCUACGUGAGGUUCCAGAUGGCAUCUCCACCAACACUCGGCUGCUGAACCUCCAUGAGAACCAAAUCCAGAUCAUCAAGGUGAAUAGCUUCAAGCACUUGAGGCACCUGGAAAUCCUACAGUUGAGUAGGAAUCAUAUUAGAACAAUUGAAAUCGGGGCCUUCAAUGGUCUGGCAAACCUCAAUACUCUGGAACUCUUUGACAAUCGUCUUACUACCAUCCCAAAUGGAGCUUUUGUAUAUUUGUCUAAACUGAAGGAGCUCUGGUUGCGGAACAACCCCAUUGAAAGCAUUCCUUCUUAUGCUUUUAACAGAAUCCCUUCUUUGCGCCGCCUAGACUUAGGGGAAUUGAAAAGGCUUUCAUACAUCUCAGAAGGUGCCUUUGAAGGUCUGUCCAACUUGAGGUAUUUGAACCUUGCCAUGUGCAACCUCCGCGAAAUCCCUAACCUUACGCCUCUCAUAAAACUAGAUGAGCUGGAUCUUUCUGGGAACCAUUUGUCGGCCAUCAGGCCUGGCUCUUUCCAGGGCUUGAUGCACCUUCAAAAACUGUGGAUGAUCCAGUCCCAGAUUCAAGUGAUUGAACGGAAUGCCUUUGAUAACCUUCAGUCACUCGUGGAGAUAAACUUGGCACACAACAAUCUAACGUUACUGCCUCAUGACCUCUUCACACCCUUGCAUCAUCUAGAGCGGAUACACUUACAUCACAACCCUUGGAACUGUAACUGUGACAUACUGUGGCUCAGCUGGUGGAUAAAAGACAUGGCCCCCUCCAACACAGCUUGUUGUGCUAGAUGUAACACUCCCCCCAAUCUGAAAGGGAGGUACAUCGGGGAGCUUGACCAGAAUUAUUUCACAUGCUAUGCUCCUGUGAUUGUGGAGCCUCCAGCAGACCUCAAUGUCACUGAGGGCAUGGCAGCUGAGCUGAAGUGUCGGGCCUCCACGUCCCUGACCUCUGUAUCUUGGAUUACUCCAAAUGGAACAGUCAUGACACAUGGGGCGUACAAAGUGCGGAUAGCUGUGCUCAGUGAUGGCACUUUAAAUUUCACGAAUGUAACCGUGCAAGACACAGGCAUGUACACGUGUAUGGUGAGUAAUUCCGUUGGAAAUACCACUGCUUCAGCCACCCUGAAUGUUACUGCAGCAACCACUACUCCCUUCUCUUACUUUUCAACUGUCACAGUAGAGACUAUGGAACCUUCUCAGGAUGAGGCACGGACCACAGAUAACAACGUGGGCCCCACUCCAGUGAUCGACUGGGAGACCACCAAUGUGACCACCUCUCUCACGCCACAGAGCACAAGGUCGACAGAAAAGACUUUCACCAUCCCAGUGACUGAUAUAAACAGUGGGAUCCCAGGAAUCGAUGAGGUCAUGAAGACCACCAAAAUCAUCAUCGGCUGUUUCGUGGCGAUCACACUCAUGGCUGCAGUGAUGCUGGUCAUUUUCUACAAGAUGAGGAAGCAGCACCAUCGGCAAAACCAUCACGCCCCGACAAGGACUGUGGAAAUCAUUAAUGUGGAUGAUGAGAUCACAGGAGAUACGCCCAUGGAAAGCCACCUGCCCAUGCCUGCUAUCGAGCAUGAGCACCUAAAUCACUAUAACUCUUACAAAUCUCCCUUCAACCACACAACAACAGUUAACACAAUAAAUUCAAUACACAGUUCAGUGCAUGAACCGUUAUUGAUCCGAAUGAACUCUAAAGACAAUGUACAAGAGACUCAAAUCUAAAACCUUUACAGAGUUACAGAAAACAAACAAUAAAACAAAAAGACGGUUUAUUAAAAAUGACACAAAUGACUGGGCUAAAUCUACUGUUUCAAAAAAGUGUCUUUACAAAAAAAAACAAAAAAGAAAAGAAAUUUAUUUAUUAAAAAUUCUAUUGUGAUCUAAAGCAGACAAAAUUAUGUGUAUUCCUCAGAACCUGUUUUUGCUGCACUUAUUUACUAUUUUCCCACAUCUCAUCCCUGCCUUCCCUGGUUGCCAUAUUUUUCAUAGGAGAUCUCAAGUCCCUAAAGAACUGGCCUAGGAAAUUUUGUAAGAAUUCUGUUACACUUUGAGAUUUUUAUGGUGAAUUCUAGUGGUGA